AUGUUUAUACUACGAAAACUUCUGUUCCUCGUGAUAGUAGCAAAUGCAGAAAUAUCGGACGUCGAUAACAGUGAUAGAAAUUACGUGUGCUACGUAUGUGCGUGUAGCGCCGACAGGAGAAUUGUUGACUGUUCUAAAAGAAGCUUAACAAAUAUUCCCGAUGGUAUCAGUGAAAAGGUGACGAAUCUCAACGUGUCAAACAACGAGAUUUUGCUUUUUCCCCAAAAUUUAAAUAAACUCGUUAAUCUAAUAUCACUCGAUCUUAGUGGCAAUCAAAUAAGUCAUAUGCCGGAGAAUGCUCUUGAAAAUCUAACUUCACUUGAACUCUUGAACUUAUCGCGAAACAACUUUGAUACGUGGAUGAACUUAAAUCCUAACGACGUACUACAAACAGCAACAAACUUGAAGAUUCUCGACCUGUCAUAUAAUAAAUUUCAAACUUUAGAAAAUUUAGCAAAUCAGGAGCUUUUAAUAAGUUCCUCUCUAGAAACAUUGAUUUUGGAUAAUUGUGAAAUAACUUCAAUACAUGGUCGAUCACCACUAAGUGGUUUAAUAAAUAUACGGGUGCUCAAAAUUAACUUCAAUCCAUUGUCGAGGAUUCAAGGUCUUGUUUCGCCAACAUUAAAAAGUCUUUAUGUUAGUAACUGUCAACUUAGUUCUAUUAACCAAAAUGAACUAUCAUAUUUACCUUCGCUAGUAUACUUACAACUUUCCUAUAAUUAUGAUUUAAUUUUACCUAUUUCUUCAACCAGCCCAGUGUCGAUUUCACUGAGAUAUUUAGAUAUUUCAUUUUGUAACAUCAUGCAAAUAAAUCUUGCGGGAUUUCCUAAUCUAAGAAAAGCUCUUUUAAGCCAUAAUGUGAUAAGGUACUUAGAGAGCAACAAUUUUAUUAACAACUCUAAAUUAGAGUAUUUGGAUUUAUCUUAUAAUAAUAUCGGCUCUCUUAAAAGCGAUACGUUCCGUGGACUCGGUAUCCUAAAAUAUUUAGACCUGUCAUGGAAUGAAAUUGCAAACAUACCAGAAAACAGUUUACUGCAGAUGCCUUCACUAACACAUUUAAAACUACGCAGAAACUAUCUAACGAGGGUUGGACAUCUAAAGUCAACAUCCGUCGCUAUUCUAGAUAUGAGUUACUGUGAAAUUAAUACUAUUGGUAAGGAUUCUUUGGAAGACUGGCAAUCACUAGUAGAUCUAGACUUAUCGCAUAAUUUACUGUCUAACAUUCCAGACAGUAUUUCGUCAAAUACGUUAAAGUAUUUAAAUUUAAACUAUAAUAGAAUAAGUGCCGUAAGUAACAACACAUUCUUCAUGUUACCAAGAUUAACAGGAUUGGGUGUGAUAGGAAACCGAUUUACGGCAAUAUGGAGUAAAUCAUACUUUGAUUUCAAUCCUUAUUUAGAGAGACUGGAUCUAGGGGAUAAUAUGUGGCGAUGUGAUUGUGCUGAUGGUAACAUGUUUGACUUUUAUGAAUUUGUUACAUUAGAACCUAAUAAAAAAGAAGAAUCAUAUAAUCUUAUUUGCAAUAGUCCUGUAAAUUUGGUUGGACAAACGUGGUUAGAAGCCUGUUAUUUCACCUGGAAUCCAAGUGAUAAGGUAGCAAAUGCAGAUAGUUUACUUUGGUUUUUAGUAAUAAUGAUUGUAGGUUUAGCAUUAUGUUUAUUGUUAGUGAAUGGAAUAAGGAGAUCCAUGAAUCGCCGGUUAGCAUCUAUGCAAGCAGAGAGAGAAAGACAAGUUGAAGAAGCUAGAGAAAGAUUGAGACAAUUGAGAAUGCGUGCUGAACAAGAAGCAUUGUGCAACACUCCUGAUCCACGAGAUCUAGUGGCUCCACCUUCUUAUGAUGAGGCUCUUUCUAUGCCUAAACUUAACAUAUCAUGUCAGUCAUUAUGCGAAGAAGGUACAGGUAAAAAGGGAAGAAGAAAAGGAAGGCGAAAAACAAAAUCAAGUGGAGAUUUGUUGGAAGAAACUGAAAGAAAUGGUGAUUUGCCUACCGUAGAUGACUUCGAAUUGACCGAAACAUCUGACACUAAUCGCCGAAGACGUCGGCGACGCCCACGAAAAUUUGGAAGCCAUGAGAUAGCAGAGUUGGAUCAGUCUCCAGGCGUGAGUCGUAGACGAAUGUCUGAGUAUGGUGCAAUUGGUGAUGAUAGUGUGACUAUUGAAGUUGAGGCGGAGCUGGAACGUCCUCUUCGAUCCAGAAAUAGAAGGUGUUCAAUAGAUGAUGAUGAACCACGGGAAAGUGACUUUUAA